GGAUCGCCAUGUUGGAUUUAUGAAGCGCUCAAGACGAUUGAGUCUAGAAAUCUUUGAAAUUUGAUGAGGGGUUUUACAGAUACAUGAGGGACAACGCGUUAAAAUGCCAAAAGAAGAGGAGAAGGAAUACCUUAAGAUACUGGGAGUGGAUAAAUAUUCACCUGAAAAUGAAUUCGAAAUCAAACGAGCAUAUAAGAAACUUGCACUCCGAUUUCACCCUGACAAGAACCAGAGCGACUUCUCGGCAAGCAACUCUAAAAAGCAGUUCGAUGAAAUCAGCAAAGCUUUUGAAUCUCUCACUUUAGAUUACAGAAACGAUACAAAUCAACCAGACUACGAUCAGAUUUUCUUUGACUUUCUACGCGAUAUCUUUGACUGGAGAGAAGAUGCAGAAGGAGCUGGAACUAGUAACUUUCUUACAUAUUUCUGUGGUUCUAAGCAGCACCCAUGUUCCUCUGAUGGAGACUUCGAUUCAAGAUACCAAGAUACUGAAGAUGACGAGGACGUUGAUGGAGAGGGUGACUUGGAUAGUAUCAUGGAGAUCAUUAAGAAUCGCAAAAAGAAAGGAAAACAUGUUCCUGAAGAGUUCAAAGAAGAAAAUUUGAUGGAUAUGAAGAGUAAAUUAAAUCAACACAAAGAAGACAUGAAGAGAGAUGCUACUAAAAAGCAGUCAAGCAAGAAAGGGAAGAUGCCUGUACCUGUUGCAAAGCCAAAACCUAAGAGCAAGAAACAACUGCAAGCUGAGCAACGACGGAGAGAAAAAGAAAUGGAGAAGAUUGCAGUGGAAUUAGAAGAGAAGCGAAAAGAGGAAGUGGAAAAAGAGAAACAAAGGAAACAACUUGAGGUUGAGAAACAGAAACGGCUGGAAGAAGAGAGAAUUAAAGCACAGAAUGAGGAGAGGAAAAGGCGGGAAAAGGAACAAAAGGAGCGGGAAAGACAGCAAAAACUUGAGCAAGAGAAAGAGGAGAAAAGACGUCGUCAGCAGGAGGAGGAGAAAAAACGCAGAGAAGAAGAAGAAAAAAGGAAGAAAGCUGAAAAAGAAAAGGCAGAGAAGGAAAAGGCAGCAAGAAAGGCUGCCCAACAGGCUGCAAAAGAAAAAGAAGACAAAGAGAAGGCGGCAAACAAAAAUCAGAACAUGAAGAGACUACAACAGCAGCAGAGAACAGAUCAGCAACAAUAUCCAAGAGAAAUACCACCAAGGUUCCAAAAGAAAAUGAAACAACAGCAACAACAAUCACAGUAUCAAACACCUUCACAACAAAUGCAGCAACAACAAUCACUUCCACAACAAACCAAACCUCAACCAAAACAGCCUCCUGCAGUUAACAAGAAGAAGGAUCCUAAUCGUUUUGGACCAAAAGAAUUUGCAGACAUGAUAGAACCAGUGGAUGACUCAGGCUGGUCACAAUCUGCCCCUGUGAAGGGGUCAGGCUGGGGUAAUUCACUGGAAACUUGGGAAGAUGCAGACAAGUGGGGAAGUGAGGAUCGACAAUGGGGAGAUAAGGAAGGGACAUGGGAUAAACUUGUUGUGGAUGAAGGAGAUAAAGACACUUGGCCAUCUGUAGGAUCAAAAGGAGCAAUAGGUGAUAAGAUAAAGACUUCCUCCUUGGAUGCUGGCUCUGAAAAGGGUCAGUAUUCAGCAGAAUCUUCUCCUAAAACUUCUGUUUCUUCUAUGUCUACUGCACUUAUCUCUGACAAUUCAAGUUCUGCUCAAGGAAAUGUCAACACUAGUAUGGACAAAAAGUCUUUGCCAACUAGUAAUUGGCAUGGGACUUCAACAACAUCAUCUGAGAACUGGGAUGUCAUUGAUGAGUCUAUUGAUCAGGCUAUUGAUGCUGCUGAAGCAGCAACGGCAAAAGAUAAUGGAGGACUUGGGGCAGGCUGGGGCGGAGUGACCAAGGGGGGAUUUGGGGGGUUAAUAGGGAAUGGUUCAAACUGGGAGAGUAGCACAGAUGCAAAGGACUCAGUGUCGUUAGGGCGCAGUCAUGACCCAGGAAAAGGAGAGCUUGUGAACACUUCAUAUGUAUCUGAGACUCCAAGCUGGAGCAAAACACCUGGAAAGGCUGUCAAGCCUAAAGUGCCAACAACAUCAACAGUGGUUACUAGUAAUCUGACAGCCUCAUGGGGUGGUACCCCUGCUGAGACUGAUACUAAAUGGACUGAACCUCACUCUACUUCGGAUGGACUCACAAAUUCCAAGUCUAGUAAACCACCUAUUUUGGACUCUAAUUCUGUGGCCAAAUCAAGUGGGGACAUUGAAUCUGAACAAACUGUAACUUCAACCUCUACUACUAAACCUUCAUCUGGCUGGGGUGAAGUACCUGUGUCUAAUUCAUCUAAAUGGGGAUCUUCUGUAGAUAUCACGGGUACCUCUUGUUGGGACAAUGUAGUGUCAAAAUCAGACACAACUUCUGAUCUUAAAACCGUGAGUAGCAGCAAAGUUUCACAGUGGUUAGAGAGUACAGGAGUGUCACUUGCAGAUUUAGAAUGGGGACAAGAAAAUUUGGAUAAUGAUGAAGGAUCUGAGGGAUCUCUAGAUGGGUGGACCACAGCAUCUAAAAGAAAUAGGGCUCCCAAACCAGCUAAUGACUCAAAUGCGUGGAUGAACAGAUCUCUCAAACAACUGUUAGACAUGGGUUUCAAGCAAGAGGAUGCUGAAAAAGCUUUGAAGGCAAAUCAUAUGAACAUCGAGAGUGCAAUAGGGGACCUACUGGCCAUGAACAUGAGCGAAAACAGGGAACAGUCUGUAUCAGUUCCAAGUGGAAAACUCCAAGAGCCUGAUCCUGCAGAAGCAGCAAGAAUCCAACAGCAACAGCAGCAAGGUCAAGGUAAACUAAACCGCAAACAACGAAGGAAACUUCAACAGCAACAGCAAGCCGAGCAACAAACUCUUGAAUCAAAAACUGAACAAAGGCAAGGACAAAAUGAGGUCGCAGUUUCAAAGUCUGUGACUCAAGUCAGUGAAUCUGUUACUAAACCUGCCAGUGAACAACAAGACAAGACUUCAGAAACUCAAUCAACUUCUAAAACGGAUGAAGUACAACAAGACUCUAAAACAAAAACUUCCACGAGCACAACAAAACCUGAAAAACCUCCAUCAUCUGUAGCUGGGGCAGUAAAGCCCAUAAAUGGGCAAUCGCAAUUGCCUAGCAACGGCAAAAGAUCUGGUCCACCAGUAGUACCUCCUGCCCCAGGCCCAGGGGUACAGGGCCCAUUGAGACCAACACUUGCUCAUCCAUUACUUCAUCCUCAGUUUGUACAACAGAUACAUCUGCAGCAGCUGAGAAUGGCUCAGGGAGGUCUUCUUCAGCCUCCAUUCACCCCUCAGCAGUUUGCUAUGCUGCAGCAGAUAGCUCAACUUCAGCUCGUUCAACAGCGCCUGGCUGCACAGUCUGUUGCUCAGCAACACUUAGGACAGAAACAACAGGUAGUGCCUCAACAACAAUUGUAUCAACAGCAACAGCAGAUUGCACUCAUGAUUGCUCAGAUGCAACAGCAAGUUCUGCAGCAGCAGCCUGGGCUGGCCGGGAGACAUCCUGCAUUGCCGUUUACUGCAGUACAACAACAACAACAGCAGCAAUCUCUACUGCAACAGCAGCAGCAACAGCAGUCACCUAAUGCACAACAGAAGGGCAAUAAAGCCGCAACUAAUGACAAACCAGCAACAGAGGCACCAACGAGCAAGACAGCAGACGCUGUUAAGUCUCAGCCCAGCGAACCAUCUGCUGUUUCUCCUGUGACAUCAGAAGAACAACCCAAGCAACCUUCUCCUGUUACUCAGUCUAGGCUCACACAGUGGAAGCAGCCAUUGUUACAUGAACCUUCAUCAGCACCAGUCACUCAGUCCACCGUCACUAGCAGCACACCAGCCUCAGUGGACUCCAAAGCUCAGACAAUAUCAGCUCCUUCACAAUCAUCUUCAGGUGUGCUAACCAGUGUCGUAUCAGCUCCAUCCAUUUCAACCAGUGACCUAUCUGAUUCCUCAGCUCCAAACAGCAACAAUGUUUCUCCACGGGCACGAAUUCCUGAUCCAGUUUCAAGCAGGUGGGGUGUGGACGCUGGUCCCAAGCUGUCUGCUGACCCACCUGAAUUUAAACCAGGUGUACCAUGGCGCCCUGCUCCAAAAUCUGACAAAAGAGAUGAAGUGAGAGAUAGUGUUUCUCCCAACACCGUGGAAAGCUCCAGUCGUCCAUCUUCCACUAUUGACUCCUCAUCAGAUAGCUGGUCGAAUUUGGGAAACCAAACUGUCAGUGCGCCCAGCAGCGUACAACUUGGAAGCAAUGUAAAGGUAGCAGACAAUGUUGUCACUACCAUUGCAAGUUCUUCCUUCUCAGGACUGUUGGUCAAUAACCAUACAUUUGAGUCAAGUCAAAUCGACUUUGGCGUAGGCUCAACCCCAUGGCUAGGCAAUAAAGCCCCUGCCCCACCUGCGCAAGCGACAAGUAGAUCUGCAGGAUCCAGUGCUGCAUCACUGUUGAGACCUCCCCCUGGGUUGGGAUCUGACACCACUUUACCUGAAUCCCCUCUCUUUGACGAAGAGCCUCCUGCUUGGUUGAAAAGCUUAAUAGAUGGUUCCAGUCUUGGAGGCGAUAAAACCCAGCCUGAGUUUCAGUUCAGUCGCUUUGGGUUUGCGAACAGUUCAACACCAUGGAGUCCAAGAGAUAGCAGUACGCAGCCGUUUAGUCCUUUGACACCCAACCCUCAACCUUGGGCUGCUGUCGGGGGUCCUGCUCCUACUCUGUCAUCGUCGGCAUCAUCUGUAACUAUGGCAACAAGUGAAAACCGUAGUGGAAGUGUGAGCACAACCGAGCCAUCAUCUUUGCAAAACUCAGGGAUCAUCUGGUCAACGAAUCAACCCAUACCGAGUGCUGAGGAGAAGCUCUCAGGGAAUUUACCUGGGACUUCUGUCCCCCCUGUAUCUGCAUCUAGCGGUGUUGCUCCUUCUAGAACUGCUGUCAAUUCCAUGUCAACUUGGCUGGUACUGCGCAAUUUGUCACCAAGGAUGGAUCCCAAGACCCUCCGUCCUAUGUGCGAGAGGCAUGGGCCACUGCUCACAUUUCAGUUGAAUCUUCGCCAUGGGAACAGCUUGAUCCGUUACGGCAGCAUGGAAGAAGCGGCAAAAGCGAGGGCAGCGUUGAAUGGCAUGAUGCUGGUUGGCUCCCAGGUGGCAGCAGACUUCGCUACAGACAGUGACAUCGGUAGCUUCUUUGAGCAAACCAUGGAUUGGAGUGCAAACCCAUUUCCCAGCAACACGUACGGUAAUCAGUGGUCCUUUCAGAACGUGCUUGGUUCUGCGGCAACUUCGGACAAUAUUCAAUCUACAACCAAAGCACCGAUUGGCAAGGUUCCACCCGGAGUAUCAAGCACUGAACAGCCCAUCCCAAAAGUAAAUAACACCACAUCUGGAAUGCAGUGGGGAUCUACGAUAGGGACACUGCCCUCGCCCUCGCAAGGCCUUGUUGCUGGCGAACAGUCCAAGGUCAAUGCCCCCAGCCCUCAGUGGGUAAUCGGCUCACAGGGAAGCGAACAGCCUGGGGCAAAGCCUAACACUGCAGCUCCCAGUGUACCAUGGGGUAGUGCACAUGGACACGCACCAGCACCGUCCUACUUGUGGGGUACAGGCCCUUCACAGCAAACAGCCCUUGGUGGAAACUUUUCCCAAGUACCCAGUAUGUGGUCCUUUCCAGCUGGAGUCCCACGUGAUGUGGAGCCUCAGUCAGGAUCAGGAGACGGGCUUGUAAGCCCUUCCAUGACGACAUUCCUUCCCCCUGGCCUGUUGAACGGAGGGGGAGAUUCAGUCUGAACUGUGAUCAUGAACUUAGAAUCACAAUGCAUCAGCGUUUUUUUUUUGUAGUUUUAUCGCUUACAUGUGCGUUUGUUUCAUGUGUUGUUAUGUGUGCGUUGGCCCUGAAAAUGGGUCUUCUGUGUAUCUACAUUAAUGUUUCAAUAUUGAUUAAAAUCUCAUGCUAUACGAAGAAA